AAUGCUGUGGAGGAGGCCAUGGAGAUGUAUCAAGAGCUUCACAUGUGGGAUGAAUGCAUCUCAGUGGCAGAGGCAAAAAACCAUCCUGCAUUAGAAAAAUUGCGUCAAAGCUAUUAUGAGUGGCUGCUGCAGACACAGCAGGAGGAGCGAGCUGCUGAGGUGCAGGAGAGCCAAGGGGACUUGCAAGCAGCCAUUGGCCUCUACCUGAAGGCUGGGCUACCAGCUAAAGCAGCACAGCUGACCAUGGACCGAGAGGAGCUACUGGCAAAUAUUGACCUCAUCAAUCGUAUCGCUACAGCCCUGAUUCGAGGAGAGCUUUUUGAGCAGGCUGGAGAACUCUUUGAAAAAAUUCGGAACCCACAAAGAGCACUGGAGUGCUAUCGCAAGGGCAACUCAUUUCUGAAAGCAGUAGAACUUUCUCGUUCAGUUUUUCCAGCAGAAGUGGUAAAGCUGGAGGAGGGCUGGGGAGACCACCUUGUACAACAGAAGCAACUAGAUGCAGCUAUCAACCACUACAUUGAGGCCAGGUGUGCUAUCAAGGCCAUUGAAGCAGCCAUUGGGGCUCGGCAGUGGAAGAAAGCUAUAUACAUUCUUGACAUGCAGGAUAGGAAAACAGCAACCAAGUAUUACCCCAAAAUUGCCCAGCACUAUGCAGCCUUGCAAGAGUAUGAGAUAGCAGAGGAACUGUAUAUCAAAGGAGACCACAUUAAGGAUGCCAUUGAUAUGUACACCCAAGCUGGACAUUGGGAAAAGGCACAUAAG